AUGGAAUCAGCUUUUUCAGACAACAGCGCGUCCGACUACCUGCCACUCAUACCCGGCCCCUCCAGCCCCUUCUCCUCCAACUCAUCUGCCUCCUCACGCCAAGGAGUAUUUCCCCUGCAGCUGAAGCUACAGAAGCAAAACCAGUUCCAGCCUUCGAUCCACUACUCCCCGGCACCCUGGGACACCUCAGGUCGACAGCAGGAUAUGUUUCAGCCUUUCUCUCAGCCCAGAGGUAUGACAGAUGCUGUUCCCUGGUCCUGUGGAUCAAACUUCUUCCAGCUGGAGACCCCCACAGCUGCUCAGGUCCUCUUUGGAAGUACAGAUGAAACUGAGGCAGGAGACCGUUCAGAACAAACGACCACCUUCUGUCUCAACCAACCAGAGGACGACGAGUCCAUCCUGGACUUCAUGCUCAACCAGUCGGACACUAGACAGCAGUUCGAGGAGGACGUCUUCAGCGGCUUCAGUCAUGAAGAAUACGAAGCUUCUCGUUUUGGGAGUGCAAAGUCAAAAAUAUACCUCACAGACGAAAAAUCAAUCAGGUCCUCAACACCGCACUCGUGCAAAUGCAAGAAAAUACCCCCAGAAACUCGAGAUGCUGGAACUCAAACUGCGUCCAAUCAAAGGGCGGAGACGUGCGACGCCUCGACUCAGUGCGUCUUUGUUGCAAAGAGCAAAGCGGCUCCCGGCUCGCGUCGACCACCUGUUGACGUGUCGGAGCAGCGUCUAGCCACAGAGAGGCAGACUGGCACCGCUGCAGAGCCGGAUGCUCUCACAGCGUCAUCAGAAAACUCCAGGAGCGAAGGGAAGCAGAUGCCCCGGAGCAGCAAGAAAUCGAAGCCCGGGUACCGAUCAGUCAUUAUGAACAAAUUCCCUGUGAGUAACUGUGGCAAAAUGAUCCUACAGAGACCGACAAACCCCUUUCUGGAUGCUGUGAGCAAUGGCAGAGGUAAGAACGGAGAGGAUGAGAAUCCGACGAAAGCUCCGUCAGCCGAAGGGAAAGACGAGGUCGCGUCUGGAGUUACCGGACUCUCAGAGGAGGCCGAGACACUUCAGGAAAUAGCCGACAUUUUGCUCCUGCUGAAGAAGAGGAAGAAGGAGGGAUGA